AUGGUUUAUUCAAUUGGUUAAGCCAAAAGAUCAGAUCCUGCUCUCAAAACAAUUGCACCUGCUCCCAAUGCCUAUCUUCCAAAAUUGGUAUCCAAAAUGCAAGCUCCUCAAUGGACUAUCGGAGGAGCAGCCUAAAGGGCAGGCAGAUCAACAUCAAUAGGACCUGGACCAGGACAAUAUGGAUACGAAUCUAAAAUAGCAAAUGGACCAAAAUACACCAUAAGUGGAAAACAUGAAUUGAAACAAGUUUCAUAAUCUCCAGGACCAGGAAACUACGAUGAUGAAAGCUUCAGUUCUGUUUACAAAAAAUAGCCCAUGUAUACUCUCGGUCUAAAACAUCAUACAUCCUAAAAGGAUAUCAUGCCUGGUCCUGGACAGUAUGAUUUAAACAGUUCUUACAUCUCUAACAACUCAAUUAAAUUUCCAACCCAACCAAGAUUAACCUCUCUGGAAGGCGGAAUAUCUCCUGGACCUGGAUGUAAAUUAGAAUAUUAUUUCUAGAAUACAAUAUUGACAAGGCUGUCAAGUUGUUACAAGAGAAAUCUUAACCUUCUUGGGAAAUAAGACUUAUAACCAGGACCUGGAGCAUACCAUUUAAAGAGUCUACUCAAUUUAUCCAAAAACUUCACAAUCAAAUAGAAACUGGGUACUAAAGAUUACAGCUCAACUCAACCUGGUCCUGGAGCUUAUGAUUAAGAUAUUUCAACAAUCAAAUCCAAUUAUCCAUCCUAUAAGAUUGGUUCUGAAUUGAGGAGCUCAUCAAAUCUAAUGGAUAAAUUGGUGCCUGGACCUGGAAAAUAUUAUAAGGAGAGUUUGGAUAGUCUAAGUUCUUUAUAGAAGUCAGCUCCGUCCUUCAAGAUGCCUCAAGCAUUGAGGAAGGAUAUAAAUGAUUCAGUGACAAUCACUCCUGGUCCUGGAUAAUAUUCGAUACCUUAGAAUCAAAACACUUAGAUGGUCUCAAUGAAGGGGUCAAAGUAUAACCCCAAUAUUUCGGCAUAUAUUCCAGGGCCAGGACAGUACAGUCCAGAUGAUUCAGUAUGUAAAAACAAGGAAGGUUCAGUGAAAAUUGUACCAGAACAUAGGACUAAAUAAUUAUUAACGCAGUACUUACCAGGACCUGGAUAAUAUUCUGUUAAAUCAUCUCUCGAAGGUCCUUAAUGGGGAUUCUCUAAAGACAUUCGUUAAAGCAUAAUCAAAAAGGAUAUGAUUCCUGGCCCAGGGGCUUACAAUAUCCCUCCUAAAUUUAAUGAGGUUCCAAAGUAUCUAUUGCCAAAACAAUUUUGA